AUGACCACUUUCAUCCACUCAAACUCCACUGUUUGCCACCGUGCUCUUCCCAGCGAUGUGAGCGGGAACAGCCUGUACGGGCGCAUCAACCGCAACUUCAAAAACAUGGUGGCGGAUGGCGACGCGCUCAUCAACUUGGCUCACAACUUCUUCUUCGGUGAUGCCGUGCUCUUUGCUGCCGGCUGCCAGGUCUGCCCCACCGAGAUCAGCGACCCCAACAGUCUGGACAUGGGGGACACGUUCGAUGUGCUUGCCGGAAAAUGCAACAAUGUUGCAGCUACUAGUAGCCACUAUUUCUCGGUGGCAGGGGCAGGCAAGGAGGCGAGGGUGGGUCUGUUGGGGAAUUGCCUGACGCUCAGGCCGGACGGGGAGUGCUCGUCCAACGCCACCCAGCGCAGCACGGCAGCCUGCCAGGCGUUCUGCAGCAUCAUUGACAACGGCCCGUGUGACGGCCAUGGGGACUGUGUGACACCUGCGCCCGCCUCCCCCUCCAACUUCACCUGCCUCUGCCAUGCCGGCUACUCCACCCUUGACGCGGGAAACGGCUCCACAUACCACAUCUCUCCCUUUGUCACCCUCACCAUUCGCCUUUCUCCCCCUCUUUCAACCUCCAUCUCCUCAUCACACCUCAUCCUCCCCCCUCUCUCUCCCCUCCACCUCCCCUCCACCACCCUCCCCCCACAAUCCCCUCCAUCCUCUUCCGGCCCUCCCAACCCUCCCCACUGCGCAGUGUCAUCCCUGUCCACGGGUGCCAUAGUGCGAGCCAUGGCGUCUCUCCACCACUCGCAUCUCGUGCGCCUGCUGGGCUUCUGCCUGGAUCAGAACGUGGAGACGGGCAAGCAGGAGCAGAUCCUGGUGUAUGAGUUUGUGGGCAACAGGGACCUCGACUAUCACAUCCACGUUACUAAGAGUUACAAAGCAUUCGCAUAUCAGAGAAUGGGUAUGGCCGUCAAUGUCAAGUCUGCCUUUGACCUCGUCUUUGUAUGCCCGGACCUCGUCUUUGUAUGCCCGGACCUCGUCUUUGUAUGCCCGGACCUCGUCUUUGUAUGCCUGGACCUCGUCUUUGUAUGCCCGGACCUCGUCUUUGUAUGUCCGGACCUCGUCUUUGUAUGCCCGGACCUCGUCUUUGUAUGCCCGGACCUCGUCUUGUAUGCCCGGACCUCGUCCGUCUUUGAUCAUAGUCCCCUUUCUUUGUUGCCUUCCAUCGCCUUUGCCCGUUAUCAUUCUCCUUGGCGACACCUCUCCUCUCUAUCAUUCUUCCUUGCCUGGACGCCUCUCCAAUCUAUCAUCUCUCCCUUCCUGGACGCCCACCAGGCAAGAAAGAAGAUUGAGGUAUUUGAAUUGGAUGAGCUCAAGGACAGCAAGAUGCCGGCGGUAAUCGAGGAGGCCAUAGUGGAGUUUGCAGACCUGGCUCUGGACUGCAUGAAGUCACCAGGCACAAGGCGACCCAGCAUGACGGAGAUGGUGUAUCGCCUCACUGCUCUCAUUGCCAAGCACUGCCCGGACAAGGAAGACGAGUGGGGGAGUAUUGUGAAAGAAGAAAGCUCAAGCAAUGGAGGUCUGCCCUCAACAAAUGUCUCUGCUGUGUCGUAUGGUGGAAGGGAUUCUCGGAUGUCUUCUGACUCCCACCCUAGUGCGAGCUCAUCCAUGAGCAUUGGCUUGAUUGCUGAUGGCGUCAGGAGCUGGUUGCAUCUGAAGCCCACCAGCGGGUACUAA